CGAGGUGACGCGCCAAUCGGUUUAUGACAGUCUGACCUUCAAGUGCUCAGUAACCUUGGUCAAAGGAGGGUGCCACCGGGUCGUUGCCUCUUUACGACCAUACUACGUACUUCUCCAGAUUGUGUUAAUGUUAGAAUGUCAGAUGUUCCAUUAGAUGCCCCAUCUCCCUGCCCUGGUACACAAAGUGAUCUAGCCGGGAAAGCCUCAGCAUGUGAAGGUUGCCCUAAUCAAUCUUUGUGUUCAAGUGGACAAGCCAAACUUCCUCUUUCUCAACGUGAACCAGAUACGAUUCUCUCUAUAAAACGACGUCUUGGUUCAAUUCACCACAGAAUUAUUAUUCUAUCUGGCAAGGGUGGAGUUGGGAAAAGUAGUCUUUCAGUUUGUCUAGCUAGGGGACUAAGCAGGCGUGAACGCAGUCAAGCGAAUGGUUGCAAUGAAACUUAUCGUAUUGGACUACUUGAUCUUGAUUUUUGCGGCCCUUCCAUUCCAUGUAUGUUCGGUUGCAUGGAUGAAAAGGUACACCAAAGCCAAUCUGGUUGGUCUCCUGUCUUUGUGACAGAAAAUCUUUGUUUGAUGUCUAUGGGGUUUUUGCUGCCCAGUCCUGACCACCCAGUCAUAUGGCGUGGCCCUCGCAAAAACACAUUGAUUCGCCAGUUCCUCACUGACGUCGCGUGGACCGAAGAAGAUAGUAAUCUAGACCAAGGAACUAAUUUGGACUUUUUAAUCAUAGACACUCCUCCAGGGACAUCUGAUGAACAUCUCUCAGUUGUUCAGUAUCUUCAGGCUGCUGAGUGUUUAGACGGGGCGAUAAUUAUCACUACACCUCAGGAAGUAUCUCUGUGUGACGUAAGAAAGGAAAUAGAUUUUUGUCGGAAACUAUCUAUCCCAGUCUUAGGGGUCGUGGAGAAUAUGGUUGAAUUUGUAUGUCCAACUUGCAAACACAUAUGUCCAUUAUUUCCAUCACUCACAGGUGGUGCCGGCUCACUGUCUACCAUGAAACACAAUGAAAAUGCUGAUGAUCCAUCAUUUCUAGAUCUUGAAAUAAUUGGUCGGUUACCACUUGAUCCUAGAUUAACCAGAGCUCUUGACGAAGGUUUGUGCCCAUUCGAAUUAGCUGAGUCGAAUUCCCUCAUCAGCCAACAUUCAAAAAACCCAGAUGGAGGACUUCAAUCCUCUGACACAGUAAUUGUCUCAUUCCAAGAGUUGUUCAAUAAUCUUCUUGAAAGGCUUCGUAAAUAAUCGAUUCUUUGUCUCUUAAAUAUCAACUGUUUUUUUUUGUUUGUGAAGUCAAAGCAUAUUAUUGGAUUUCCCCUUCGAUUUCUACUUACCAAAAUUAUUUUCAUUCAGUCGAACUUUCUCCGUCAAUAUUUGUAAAUACUUUUCGAAUGAAUAGUUUUCCACUGGGCUGUUUUUUAAACUAGAGUUUCCUAAAAUAUAUGAAUAUGUUUCA